AUGAUUGAACAACUACAUAAUAAUGCUUUAAAAUGUAUUGUGCAUUGUCUUGAUGGUGAAAAGUUGGGCUCAUUGGAUAUAAUGUCAUUGAGUCUAACAUGUAAACGAUUGUUCAUACUACUCAAUAGCAGCAACAUAUCAUCAAUCAAUCCUUUGUUGAAAGGUACACAUCGCAUUCAUUACAAUAACAACAAUAAUAACAACAAGAAGAGCAAGAGUAACAAGUUAUCAAACAUAGUGAUAUCAUCUUUAAAGACAAUAAGGUUUGAUGAUUCAUUCAAUCAAUCAAUACCAAUUGGUCACCUACCUCCUACAUUGACCAAGCUUAAACUUGGUGAUCAUUUCAACCAGAGGAUCAUACCGGGAUCGUUGCCCGAGUCGCUGGUCGAUCUUACAUUUGGUAAUCACUUUAACAAGUCACUUCAAUGGAGGUCGAGCCGACUCAGUUCAUUGUUGGGUGUGAUCACAAAGUCCUCCCGAAGUAGUGCAGUACCAACACCAUCCCUACCACAAUCAAUCACCAGGUUGACGUUUGGAUCAAGAUACAACAAGCCAGUAGAGCAUUAUCAGAGCGAUGUAGCAGGCACACUGCUACCUCAGUCGCUCACAAAGUUGAUCUUUGGCGAUGACUUUAUACAACCAUUGCCGGCCAAUUCACUGCCCUUGUCACUUGAGGUGCUCAAGUUCGGUUGUUGGUAUGAUCAAUCAUGCAUGGCUGCUGUGACACAACUUCAAUCACUUCGAAUUCUUGCGUUUGCAUCACCGAUACACUUUAGAGAUAAUCCGCCACGUCCUCAUCAAAGAGGAGACCCAACACAUACAUUCCCAGCAUCACUCACCAGUUUGUUGACGACACCUCAUGGCAUUAAUGACUUGUUAUUGCCCCAGACAUUGAGAGUGUUGCUGCUGGCCGGCCUCAAGACAGACAUUGUGCCAGGCAUGUUACCGCCUUUGCUCGAAACGCUCAUUCUCAUCGAUUUCAACAGUUUGAUCGAGCCACACUCGUUGCCAAACAGCCUCACAAUCCUGGAGCUAGGAUCAAGCUUCGAUAGAGAGGUGAUUGAACCUGGAGUGUUGCCCAACUCACUAGUGAUACUGGUCUCUGGAACAAGCUUUAAUCAAGUCAUUGGACCUGAUGUUCUACCGAAAGGUCUCAAAUCAUUGACACUUGGACAAUUCUUUGAUAAAGCAUUCAGACCUGGUACCCUCCCCGAAUCACUCACAUCUUUCUCCAGCUAUACUUUUAAUCUCAAGGCUGAGUCUCUCCCAAGUAGCAUUGUCAACCUGGCCGUUGGAAUCUCACUGAUUCAUCAAUCACCUGAACAUCUUCCCAAUCUCAAGUAUCUACAUUUGAAAUCCCUUGACAAUCUGAACAGCGAUCACAUGGAGAUGGUAUCAAUGUGGACAUUA